UAAACUCUGUAUAGUAGCCAACACAUUUAUGUGUUGCAAAAAGAUUCCUAGAAAUGUUUAGAGCACAGGUCAUCACUGGAAUAUCUAUCUAUAUAUUCCAGUUUUUUUUUAAUGAACAGCAUAACAGAGUCAACCUGUUAUAAAAAAGACCAAAGUCUUCAGCAAAUAAAUAUGUUUUAAGAAACGUUUUAAACUUAGAAAGAAAAGAGGCCUGCUUAACGUGGAAGAAACUUUGGAGCAGCUACAGCAAAAGCACAGUUACCUCUAAAUUUACGCUUAGUUUUUUUUCACCUCAGACUUGUGAGUCUGUGUCAUAAUGGUGAAAUUUGGUCUGGAGAUCUCUACUACAAAUGCAGUUUUGAAUACAUUUCCAGGUGUGUUUCUCAGUCAGUUAGCAGAAUUUGAACUUGAACUUAAACAUAUGUUAAUCCAACUAAUGAGUUAUAUGUUGAAAACAAAGUUAUGCUUGGUUAAUUAAUAGUUUUUAAUGUUAUUUUCACUUGUUAAAUGAAAAUGAUAAUCCCCCCCCCCAUGUAAAAUCUUUAGUCAUCAGGUUAAUUCAAUGCAAAUUGGUUAUGUUUACAUUUAAAGUCUGAACAUAUCCAGUUACCUCUUGUUAAACCAAGAUAAUCUCAUUGUAAUUCUGUUCCAAACAACUAUAUAACAUUUUUGCAGCUUAUGCAUUUGUGUUAAUAUAUUUUUUUCUCAAUAAUAAUAAUAAUAAUAAUAAUAACAACAACAACAACAACAACACAUUUUAUUUAUAAGCACCUUUAAAGACCCCCAAGGUCACCUUACAUACAAGAUAUUUAUUUAAAAAAAAAAAGUACAAGUAUAAACAAGGUAAAAAUGCAAUUACAAAACUCAACUUCUCUGAAACACCUCUAAUGCAAAAAACAAAAAUACAAGCUAUCUUCAUUUCAAAAUCUACUUGAAUAUGAUUUUAAAAAGCAUUAAACAACAAUCAUACAGAGUAACACAUGCAGUGAAAUGUUUGUGUCCAAGCUGUGGACAGGCUGCAGACGUAGCCGCGCUAUGGUCUUGCAAGGAAACAGUCACAUUCUUUAGCACACCGAGUUAUAUUGGCUCUUCUUAAAACAUUUUUUCUACAUUUGCUAUAGCACAGACCUUAGAUAACCCAACUACAUUAUUACAUUGUUGCAAAAAAAUACGGUAAAUGUGAUAUAAACAAUUAUGUCAUUUAUCCAUCUUCUCUGUGGCUGGGUCGUGGGGGCAGCAGUCUAAGCAGAGAACCCCAGGCCUCCAGGGCCUCCGCCCUGUGGGACACACAAACCACCCGAACUGGCUUCUUUCAAUGUGGAGGAUUAGCAGCCACCCUUCAGAAAAAGCUAAUGUCAUGCUUGUAUCUGUGAUCUUGUUCUUUCAAUCACUACCCAAAGCUUAUGACCAUAGGUGAGGGUAGGGAUGUAGAGCAAACAGUAAAUUGAGAUCUUCGCUUUUUUAUUUAGCUCUCUGUUCACCAUGAUUGACUGGUACAGCAUCCACAUGACUGCAGUUGUGGCCCCAAUCCAUCUGUCAAUUUCUGAACAAAGACAGCAGGAUGACAACAGAAUGGAACUCAACAAUGGAAAACAGAAAGCAAUCAGAUAGCAAACAAACAAGAACUGACAUGAAAACCCAAAAAGAAACUUUAAAAAGACAAAGGCAACUGAUAUGUCAAGCAAUGGAGGAGAUCGAACAACUCUGGAGACAGACAGAAAGAAAGACAAAUGAAAUUGACUUCUUAAAGACAAAGACAGAGGGGCAACAGGAAGACAUUGAGAGACUGACAUCUGAAAAAAAUAAACAUCACCUACUAUUAAAGCAAUUUAACUUCCAAAUAAAAAAUAUAACUGAGAAACUCAAACAAAGCAAAAAUUCAGUUGCUAAGGAAAAAACAAACCUUCUGAAAAUGUGGACUAAAAUAUACCAAGAGAAGGAUACUCUGGACAGAAGACGUCAAUACUUCAUCAAUGAGCGACACAAGCUAGACACUAUAAAAGCUAGUAAGACAGAAUCACCAAUAAGGGAGGAACCCAAAGAGCCCCUUAAUAAGCAGGUAAAGCGGGAACUGGAUAUACUGGAGAAUGCAACUGAGAAAAACAGGGAAAUAAUGCUUGAAGUAAAGAAAGUUAAAGAAAAAAUGGAGAAAACUAAAGCAAACAUACAGCAAGCAUUAAAAAGAAAUAAAAAGGACAUUUCAAAAAACAGUGAACAAAUUAACCACAUUAAACAUAUUAUGUAUGUAAAGAUCAACAUGGUCAAGCACAGAUGGGCAAGCAUUAUAAAACAGGCUGAAAUGAAGAAAAUUCACAUGUAUAAAGAAGGACAGAGAGAAAGAAACGAUGGAAAAGCCACAUUUGACACAGUGAAGAGAAAACUGUGUAGAAUCCAGGAAGAGAUUGAGAAACUUUGGGAUGUGCUGGAAGACAGUGAACAACAACUGGAAGUGACUCAAAGUGCAAAGCAGCAGCUAAUGGCAGAGAACAAUCACAUGAACAUCAAGAUGAAUAUUGAUUAUCAAAAGCAACAAGAUUCAGAUCUAAGCUUUAAAGUGACACACAUCCAGCCUGAAAGAGAUGACUUAAAGAGAGUUGAAAUGAAACUAAAGACAGGAAGGGAAAAUGUAGAAAAAGACAAACCAAAUACUUACAUGCAGAAUUUGAUCUCUGAGGAAGAAGAAAACAAUGAAGUGCUUUGUAACAAGGGUGAAGAAACAAAGCAGAGCAUGAGGGACUUUACAGAAGUAAAGGCUCAAACGAAAUGGACAAAUUUUCGAGAAAAGCAAAAAAGAAGGGAGCUUGAGCGUUUGCUGGAGAAGAUAAGGAAAGAGAGGGAUGAGUUAGAAAUCAUGAAGACAAAAAUACAGCGACAAAAGGAAAGGGUUGAACAAAAACUGGAAAAUACUGUCACUGAGAUAAAAGGUAAAAUAGAAAAAACUGGUGCAGAAAUGAACAACACUUGGGAGAAAAUGCAGAGAACCCAAAGGGAGAUUAGUAAGAACCAGGAAGAAGCCAAGAACUAUAUGGUAAGUAUUUAUUCUUUCCUUUUAGCUAUUUCUUGUCAGGAUCCCCUGAUUUUUAUUGAACCUGCUUUUAGUUGAAAGACAUUCAGUAUUUGAUAACGAUUCCUUUAUUUACCGACUGGAAUUGUUGGAAGAAAUACUCCAUUAAGUACUCCAAUAAAACUGUAAAAAAGUAGUAAGAUGCCUGAUAUAACAGUUUGGGUUUAACUGAGCUUGAAAUUGCAAUUUGCGUAUACAGUGGGGCAAAAAAGUAUUUAGUCAGCCACCGAUUGUGCAAGUUCCCCCACCUAAAAUGAUGACAGAGGUCAGUAAUUU